AUGGCAACCACCAACGGAGACAAGAAACAUGUGCUGAACCACAUCACACCCGAGCAGGUGGCGAUUGAGAUCAAGGACCCCGUGGACCCCAAGGCUCUGGAACAAGCCAAGGCCAUUUUGCAAGAAUUGCGUCAAAAAGAUGGUGAAACAUCUUCCAUUGCUCCAACGGGAGUGGUUCGUUCUUCCAAAUUGCUGGAAAUUGGGAAACGGUUCGGAGAUAUUGCACAAGAUGCUACCACAUAUGUGGUAUCCAGUGAAGAUUGCAAGAAGGCAUUUGAGGAAUUGCCCGACGGCCACCGACAAGCUCUGGUCAAUAUCCACGGACGCGUCAAAGCAUUUGCCGAGGCGCAGCGAGCAACUGUCAAAGACAUGGAAAUGGAUAUUCCAGGAGGAAAGGCGGGGCAUACCGUUAGUGCUUGCAAAGCCGCCGGUUGCUAUGCUCCUGGAGGUCGCUACCCUUUGCCCUCCUCGGUGGUCAUGACUGUGGCAACGGCAAGGGCUGCCGGUUGUGAAAAGGUUAUCUUGGCCAGCCCCAAACCAGCGCAAAUCACUCUAGCAGCCGCCCAUAUUGCCGGUGUAGAUCAGUUCCUUUGUGUGGGAGGAGCUCAGGCCAUUGCGGCCAUGGCCUACGGAGUCGAUGGAGAAGGUGGGGCUGCUGCAGUUGCUCGGUGUGAUUGCAUCUGUGGACCCGGAAAUAAAUGGGUAACUGCCGCCAAGUCCAUUGUCAAUGGAUACUGUGGAAUUGACAUGUUGGCUGGUCCCUCGGAAGUUUUGGUGAUUUGUGAUGAUACAGCAAAUCCCGAGGUGGUUGCUGCUGAUUUGAUUGCUCAAGCCGAACACGAUGUAGUCGCCCGAGCCAUUCUUUUGAGCACGGACAGUGACAUGAUUAAAAAUGUGGACGCUGAAGUCGCCAAACAAAUUGAUGCCUUGCCGGAACCCAACAAAUCAACUGCAUUGGAAGCCCUCAAACAGAGCUUUGCCAUCAAAUGCGAUUCCAUCGAUCAAUGCGUUGCCCUCUCGGAUGAUAUUGCUCCAGAACACUUGGAAAUUCAGACUCGUGAAGCCAUGAAAGUAGGAGAGCAAUGCGCCAACUAUGGUGGAUUGUUUGUUGGAGAACACGCCGCCGAGGUUCUGGGCGAUUAUGGCGCUGGACCCAACCAUACUCUGCCUACUGGGGCAACAAGCCGAUACACUGGAGGUCUCAGCGUCUUCAACUUUUUGAGGAUUCGGACUUGGAUGCGCGUGGACAAGGCCGAUGACAGUCAACCGAUGGUGCAAGAUAGCAUCGUCAUGGCUCGUCUGGAAGGGCUGGAAGGGCACGCACGUGCCGCCGAAAAACGACAAAAAUAG